AUGACUGACGGUGUUGACAUGUCCACUACAAUAAUCAAUUUGGAGGUGACACUGUUUCCACUCUUCCAGCCAAUCACAUGGCGCCUCUGGUGUUUGGACCUGCAGCACAUGUGUCGGCACGGUGACUCAUCCGACCUAUGCCACCCCGAGGCAGAAUUUGAUGAAAAGUGGGGGGAUAGUCCUUCUCUGCCACUAAGAGAAUGGAAGGAUUCUGAUGAACCGUUGGAUGUGCAGAUGUUUGAUGAAAUGGUGAAUGGAGAGGUGGAGACCGAUGCAGGUGAAUGUGCAAAUUGGAGGUAA